UCACACAGCUGGGCGUCCUAUGAGAAGAGACCAAGCCGCACGGAGAGAGGCGUGAGCGGGAGAGCUGUUGGAGCUCACGCCAUGGGCUCUUCUUCUUUUUCCUUUCCUCAUCCAUCCUUCCAUCCGUCCCAAAGGCUCCUAUAGAAUCCCUGCAUCAGCCUUCGUUUCAUUCGUGCUCCGCUCUGAAAGCAUGAGGUGGAAGCGGAAGUGUGUCAGGCUGAGCCCCUCUUCUGCGCUCACAGCAUCACACGCCAACUGAAUCCAAGAGACAGCAGCACGCACGCGCGUAGCGGACAGAUUGGACACCUGAUUCUGAGCGUCUUUGGAGCGCUCUUUUAUUUUUUGGAACCCUCCACCACCUCUCCAAGCCGGUGAUUUAAAGGCCCUCACGGUGCGACGCGCCAAAUAUCCCACCUAGGAUUAUCAUGGACUAACGUCAAGGAGAGAGGACGCACCGAAUCCUGCCGCUGCAGCCUUUAUCGUUUUUUUUAAAAUUGUUAAUUAAAUUUUUAUUUUAUUUUUUUAUUUUACGCAAUCUAAAGUCAGCGGGCUGCCGCAGAAGUCAAAUAUCUGUGGCGAAGGAAAAAAGAGCAGGGUGUUGUCAAAGAGGAAUGAGAGGAGGAGGAGGAGGGGGGGCAGUAUGAGGUGUGCUUUUUUUGGAAAAGCCGGAGAAAGACGGAGACCGAGAAGGUGUACUGACGCGCGAGAGCCUGCGACGCGGUGCCCUCUUGAGAAAUAACUGCGGUCCGACAAGAAAUGGCCUAGUUAGAGGAGGAAAAAAUCCACAGAGGACAGACAGAGAGAAGAAUCGUGUUUAGGUGGACGCAUCAUCAUCACCAUCAUCACCAUCAUCAUCAUCAUCUGUCUUCAAGGUUUAAUUGGCGUCCAGACUGCUGCGCUGGACCCGAUGGGAAUUUCAAUGGAGAGAACCGAUGAGACCACAGAGGCUACUUGAGAAUGCUACCUGUCCCUCCGGCUCACCAUGUCAUCCUAGAAACCCUAUUAACUGCUCCCCUUCCACCAUCCCUCUUCUUGCCUUUGUCAUUUCCUGUAACCCCCUGAGUUAGAUCCCAUUCUUGUCCUUGCUUACGCCCCUGCAAUCUGAGCGUGCCAGUCUUUAUUUUGGACAUGUUUCUUUUGUUUCAUGGCACCAGCCACCAAGGCUGUGGUGGGCGGCGGCCUAACAUGUCUCGGCAGGUGGCUAAACCCUGUCUACUGUGGCUCCUGGGACUGGUGCUGCACCUAACGCUGUCGUCCUCUCAGCGAGUUGACCUGAAGUACCCCAUCGUGUCCACAGUCUACGGAAAGGUCCGUGGUAUCAGGAAGGAACUCAACAAUGAGAUUUUGGGCCCGGUAGAACAGUUUUUAGGUGUGCCAUACGCCACCGCUCCUGUCGGCGAGCGGCGCUUCCAGCCUCCCGAAGCGCCCGGCUCCUGGCAGGAGAUCCGCAACGCCACUCAGUUCGCACCCGUGUGUCCCCAGAAUGUACACGGCGUGUUACCAGAAAUCAUGCUACCUGUGUGGUUCACUGACAACCUGGAUGCAGCAGCCACCUAUGUUCAGAACCAGAGCGAGGACUGCCUUUACCUCAACAUUUAUGUGCCGACAGAAGACGGUCCGCUCACAAAAAAACAAGAUGAGUCUACAAUGAACAGACCAAAGGAUGAAGAUGUCCGGGAUCGUCGUAAGAAGCCGGUCAUGCUUUUCAUCCAUGGGGGCUCCUAUAUGGAGGGCUCAGGGAACAUGUUUGACGGCAGCGUCCUCUCUGCGUACGGAAACGUAAUCGUCGUCACCAUGAACUAUCGACUUGGUGUGCUUGGGUUUUUGAGCACAGGGGACCAGUCUGCAAAGGGGAACUAUGGCUUGUUGGACCAGAUCCAGGCUCUGCGUUGGCUCAAUGAAAACAUUGGCCACUUUGGAGGAGACCCAGAGAGAAUCACCAUCUUUGGCUCGGGGGCUGGAGCUGCCUGUGUGAACCUCCUCAUCCUCUCCCACCACUCCGAGGGUCUGUUCCAGAGGGCCAUCGCACAGAGCGGCUCGGCCAUCUCCAGCUGGUCGGUCAACUAUCGGCCGCUGAUGUACACCAAAAUCCUGGCAAAGAAGGUGGGCUGCUCUUUUGGGGACAUGGCAGAUUUGGUCGAUUGUCUACGAAGGAAGAGUUUUCGGGAGCUGGUGGACCAAGACAUCCAGCCCGCACGCUACCACAUCGCCUUUGGGCCUGUGGUAGACGGGGAUGUGGUGCCAGACGACCCUGAGAUCCUCAUGCAGCAGGGCGAGUUCCUCAAUUAUGACAUUCUGCUGGGUGUCAACCAGGGAGAAGGUCUGAAGUUUGUGGAUGACAGUGAGGGAGAAGAUGGAAUAUCAGCAGCAUCCUUUGACUACACCAUCUCCAACUUUGUGGAUAAUCUAUAUGGAUAUCCUGAUGGUAAAGAUAUCCUCAGGGAAACCAUAAAGUUCAUGUACACGGACUGGGCUGACAGGGACAACAGUGACAUGCGUAGGAAGACCCUCCUGGCUCUGUUCACCGACCACCAAUGGGUAGCCCCAGCUGUCGCCACUGCCAAGCUGCACGCUGAGUUUCAGUCACCCGUCUACUUCUAUACUUUCCACCACCACUGUCAGACUGAGGCCAGGCCUGACUGGGCCGACGCUGCCCACGGAGAUGAGAUCCCCUAUGUGUUUGGGAUUCCCAUGGUCGGAGCCACUGACCUGUUUCCAUGUAACUUCUCCAAGAAUGAUGUGAUGCUCAGCGCCGUAGUCAUGACGUACUGGACCAACUUUGCAAAGACAGGGGAUCCCAACUUGCCAGUUCCUCAGGACACCACGUUUAUCCAUACGAAGCCGAACCGUUUUGAAGAGGUCAUCUGGACAAAAUUCAGCUCCAAAGACAAGCAGUACUUGCAUAUUGGCCUAAAGCCUCGAGUCAGAGAUAAUUACCGUGCCAACAAGGUGGCAUUUUGGCUCGAACUGGUGCCACAUCUCCACAGCCUACACGAGGAAAUCAUUAGCUCCAUUACCACUCGGUUGCCACCCAAUAACCGAAGGAAGCCCUCUCAUCCCGGGACCCGCUCCACACGACACCCGGUGGUCUCUACUUACCCACCAGAUUCUGAUCCGGAUGUUUCUGAAAGACCCCGCUUUUCUCCUUUUCCCAGUGAGACAAGGGACUACUCGACCGAGCUGAGUGUGACGGUAGCUGUUGGUGCUUCGCUGCUUUUUCUCAACGUGCUGGCAUUCGCCGCGCUUUACUACAAACGAGAUAAGCGGCACGAACUCAUGCAAAGGCGUCACCGCCGCCUGUCCCCUCACCGCAGCACGACAGCGGGAAUGGGCGUUGGCAUGGGAGUGGUGGGCGCCCCGCCUCACAACGACCUGGCGCUGAGCCAGGAGGAGGAGCUAAUGUCGCUGCAGAUGAAACAACAGAGGGUGGAGCUGGAGCACGGGACACCACUCCCUUCGCGCGGCGUCCAUGGCGAUCUGGAGACCCUGAGGUGCCCGCCUGACUAUACGCUGGCCCUGAGGCGAGCCCCAGAGGAUGUGCCACUUAUGACCGCCAACACCAUAACAAUGAUCCCCAGCACCAUCAGCAGCAUGCAGCCCCUCCACCCUUUCAACACAUACCCGCCCAUCCCCACCCCUUCUUCUACACCUGUCCCCAGCCACAGCAACAAUGCCCUGCCACACCAACACUCUACCACCCGUGUAUAGGAGCAGGUACAAGCUUUGCUGCCCCUCUCUGAGCUCACUCUCCUCCAUUCAAACGUCACUUUUAUCACCUAUGUUCUCCUCGUUCGAUCUUCUUUCUCAUAAAGCCCUCAAACAAAGCUGCAGUUUGUAAGAUAAGAGGCAAAGGAUUUCCUCCAAACUGUAAACAGAACUCAGAGAGACUGUAUCGAAAGCUACUCUGUCACAGUGCGCCACAACUGCUUUACCCUGUUAGCUCUAUGAAUAUUUGGUGCUUAGAAAAGUUGCUAAGCUUUAAGCUUGUAGCUCCCUCAUUUGGGUUUCAUCAUUCAGCCAGACAUUGGAUGUGUAGCCUAGUUGUUGGGCGCAAGUGUUUUUGAACAUUUUUGUGAGUGUGUCAGUGUAAAACUGUGUUUAACAAAGCAACACAAAUAUGCAUUUUUUGGGAAGGGGGAGGGGGUUGUUUGCAAAAUGACGAUUCAGUAGCAAGCAGAGUUGUAUGGGGCAACAUAUGUCCGAACAAGGUGUCUCUCAUGAAGCCCGAUUUGUUGGAACUUACAAAUUGCAGCUUUAAAGGCCCAAUCUGGAAGUCAAAUUUGGCCCCCGACAAACCCCAACAGCUGUGUGUGCAUUGUAGUUUGAGGUUAUUGUUCAGCGUGAAAUCAAUUAGCAGAGAUGGAAGCCUAUUUGAUGGCAACGCAAGGCUAACAAGAAAACCAAAAUGUCUGCUGGGAUCACUCUACUCUAUCUUCAUUGAAUCCGUUCACUCACUGCCUCAGCAUUUAGAACACUUCCAGAUUUGGGCUUCAUCUCUUGGGCAGACCAGUAAAUGACUGAAUCCCAUUCGGUACGGUGGCCCAGAAGUGCAAAUUACAUCCACAAAUAAUUAAACGCAAGAACAUAUUAAAGAUCACAUUGACAAUUAAAAAGGAAAACAUUUUUUUUUAAAUGACGUUUUAGAGAUCAAAGCAAAAUUCCACAAUUCAAAACUCAAUUCAAAUGAAAUGCAUUGUGGUCUAAAUUCGCCAAUCUAGUGAGAAUCGAAGCACUCUGGUUUUUCGCAGAGACUUCUAGUAGUUUUCUAGGACACUCAAUUUUGUAAUUGUAGAUUCUGACAGCUGUACUAGAAGGAGAGCUAUAUAGAGCACCAUGAAGUGAGUAGUGAAAGAAUCUGUCCACAACCAAUAAGGAACCAGACAAGGUAGGUACUAUGGGACGUCGCUGAUGACAUUUGAUUUUUGACAUUCUGGUUUUGAGGUUUUUGGUUUCCGUAAAAAAGUUGUUUUUUUUUGGUAUUUACUUUAAAGUUGUUGCCAACAUUAAAGACACAUUUAAAAGAGUUUAAAUCUUACUAUAAAAUCAGUGAUGUCCUAUAGUAUCUUCCUUUUCCAAUUUAUUAUUAUUAUUAUUAUUUUUUUACAUUUUAUUUUGAUUUCUGAAAAUUAGUUUAGUUUUGUUUAAUUUAUAUUCCGAUUCAUUGUUUUGGACUUGUUUUGGUUUCUGAAAUUUUGUUUUGAUUUCUAAAAUGCAAUGGGUUUUUUCAUUUGCUUAUAUCUUUUAACUGUCGUUUUGAUCUUAAAUAUAUUGUUUUGCCUGUUGGCACUUCAGGGCCACCGUACAUUGGAUGCAACCUGGAAUCCAGGCUGCCCGUUACAGCUCGCUGCACCUGCGUCUCACACGCUCUAAUCAUGUCCAUUACUUUAUUUGUUUCUCUCUCAUUAUCUCUCUGUCUUUACUCUCCAUUUCUACUCGUUUAUCUCCUCUCACACUUCUCUUCCCCCCCCCCCCCCCACACCUUCUGCAUCUGCUUUUAUCGCUCUUUUUAUUAAACCACUGACAUAACCCAUUUCCUCGCAAUCACUUUAAGACUCUCCUUUCUCUUUUGGAGUCUUUUAUACAAAAACACAAAUGUAAAUGAUGUAUUAAUAAUAAAUUGUGAGGAUAUGAAUGAAAAAGAAAACAUAUUCUGAUAUCUCAUUUUUACCAGCAUUCUUGGUGCCAAGUACUGUGACAAAGUUCCUCUUUCGCCGGCGUCCAGUGGACCGCCUGGAGAGGUUCAUCCUGACUGUAUCUUACAAAAAGAAUUACCAUCAGAAAAAGUGCCAAUCCUCUUCAUUUUUUUAACCACUUUUCUUUGUUAUCUUUCUUUUUAUUACAGGGAACUUGAUAUAUUAUUGUUUCUGUGUGGAAUGAUUGCAUGAUUUUUGUUUAGGUUUUUAUUUGAAAUCUGUCCAGAGAGAUGUUUUUCACUUUCAGAAUUUGCCUUGUUUAAGUUUUUUUUUUUUAUCUUCAUUUUCUGUUUUAAUAUCAGCAGCACUUUGUGGUACUUCAGAAGGUAUAUAAAGAGAUAAAUAUUGUGUUUAACUAUAAUUAUAACAAAGAGAGUAAAUAUUCCCUCUAUUUUUUCCUAACACUGAGGCUGUGCCGCAACCCCGCCCCCGUUCCCCUCCAAGACUGACUUUAAAAAAAAAACCUCCCCCCUAGUUUGCUUUUCAUUCCUUUUCUUCAUCCUUUGCAGGUUUGCACUCUCAGUGUUUCUGAAUUGCACCUGAACAUAGCACUUUUUUCCGUUUCAAGAAAAAAAAAAAAGAUUCUUCGUGAUUAUUCUGAAUACGGUUUUUCGUCUGCGACUGACAUGAACGUUUCGGGAGUCCCAGGACCUGCCUCGUCUUUUCGUCCGCUCUUUUUUCGCCGUCCGAUGAGUGUCGCUUCUGCACGUCAGAAGAAGGAAAAAUUACAUAUUUGUGGUCAGAGGAGGAGGGAGCCUGGUAUGUCACACCUUUCGCACAAGUGAACACAAAGACAGGUUGUGCUCUGAACAAUUUUGGAGACGAAAAGAAAAGCCCUGUGACAUAAACACUGGACAAUCUGAUCUGUCACUAAGGAUGUAGUCUACAAAUCUGAUCCAACAGACACUACUCACACCGCAAAACUGGGGGAGUAUUUCCUCAGCAUCCUAUUUGCUUCAGGCACUCUGGAGCCGGACUGCCAUGCCUCAUGCCGGACUGGAGCAAGCUGCAAGGACAGAACCAACUCAGAAAACAAACUGUACAUUUUUUUAAGUGUAACAGAACAACAUGGAAUUUGUAAAUAUUACGUUUGUCGUUUGGUUUGAGUGAUAAGCUGGGUCUUUUCUUUGUGGACAACAGGUGCAAGUUCAAGACGACUUUACGAGAACUUUUACGGUUUGUUUGAUCCUGUUUCAUUUUCUUGACCUCAACUCUCAGUAGGUUUUUGGGCACAUCUUUUAGUCUAUGUAAAAAAAAUUUAAAAAAGAAAUAAAAAAGAAAACAAAAAAACCACAGCAUGGAUGAGGUAAACUCAAAAAGGAAUAUUUCUGGCUCAGGGUGGUCUCUAAAUUGUGAGUAACAUGUUCCUACCGAAGGAAAGGUUGUUUAAAGCAUAACCUGCACAUUUGGCAACAUCCCAUCAAUCAUAAAGGCAGCUUUGGAAUAAAAUUAGUUUAUUUUAUUUAUUUUUUUGGUGAAAAGCCAAAGAGCAGCUGCAGAGAAAGGAUGAAUGAAGGGGAACAAGGAAGGACUCCAGACAGCGAAACAACAUGGUGUCAUUAAAGUGGUCAAAAAUAAGCCACAAAAUUGAGUUUAACUUGUGACAUUGAGGGAAUGAAUCAUAUUUUUGUUCCAAGUCGUCUCGGGUGUUAUUGGACCGUGUGACCGGAGGGGGGUUUAAAAAAAAAAAUACAAUAUAUAUAUAUAUAUAUAUAUAUAUAUAAAAUAAAUCCUUUGUAGUCCAUUUAGUCUUCUUUCAGGCUCUGAUCAUGGUGGUUGCUUUGCUACCUUUUCCAAUUGUGUCUGCACAUUCUGUCCAUGGGAUUAGUGACGCAGCUGUUUGUUGUGAAUUUCCUCCAAAAAUGACAAAAUUCUCCUUCUGUCUUUUCCUCUUUUGGGGAAAAAAAGGGGUCUUGGAUGGCUAACGGAAGCACACUCACUAAGUUUACAUGUUUACACGCCAAAUGUGAUGUUGGCUUAUGAUGGGGGGGGGGAGGCAUCCCACUGAUCCAAAUAUCCUCUUGUUAUGAUGUUUAAUGGCGGAGUGUUGAAAUGAAAGCUUGCACCUGUUUGUCUGUUUCAUUUAGUCUGAUACAGUAACCUGAGGAGCAAGAAACUGUGAGAGGAGGAAGUUAAACCAAUUUAAAUUCAUAUUUCUAUUUCAAAUAGAGGCUAUUACACACUGUAUGUUGUGUAUCUGAACCGGAAAACAUUAAAAGACAUUCUUAAA